AUCCCCGGCCGGAAGGAUGGGCCGGUCCCGCAGCAGGAGCUCGUCUCGCUCCAAGCACACCAAGAGCAGCAAGCACAACAAGAAGCGCAGCCGGUCGCGGUCGCGGUCGCGGGAUAAGGAGCGCGUGCGGAAGCGCUCCAAGUCCCGGGAGAGCAAACGGACCCGGCGGCGGGAGUCGCGCUCGCGCUCGCGCUCCACCAACACGGCCGCGUCCCGGCGCGAGCGGGACCGGGAGCGCGCCUCGUCCCCGCCGGACCGCAUCGACAUCUUCGGGCGCACGGUGAGCAAGCGCAGCAGCCUGGACGAGAAGCAGAAGCGGGAGGAGGAGGAGAAGAAAGCCGAGUUCGAGCGGCAGCGGAAAAUUCGGCAGCAGGAAAUAGAAGAAAAACUCAUUGAAGAAGAAACAGCACGAAGGGUGGAAGAAUUGGUGGCGAAAAGGGUGGAGGAAGAACUGGAGAAGAGGAAAGAUGAAAUCGAGCGAGAGGUUCUCCGCAGGGUGGAGGAAGCCAAACGCAUCAUGGAAAAGCAGUUGCUCGAAGAACUCGAGCGACAGAGACAAGCUGAGCUUGCAGCACAAAAAGCUAGAGAGGAGGAAGAACGUGCAAAACGUGAGGAGCUAGAACGAAUACUGGAAGAGAAUAACCGAAAAAUUGCAGAAGCACAAGCCAAACUGGCUGAAGAACAGUUGAGAAUUGUUGAAGAACAAAGAAAGAUCCAUGAGGAAAGGAUGAAACUAGAGCAGGAACGGCAGCGCCAACAAAAAGAAGAACAAAAAAUUAUCCUGGGCAAGGGGAAGUCCAGGCCGAAACUGUCGUUCUCGCUAAAAACCCAGGAUUGAGUUGGAAACUGAACUUUUUACGAAGAAAAUGGAAAAAAACUUUGUAUGGUAGCUUCAUGUUGAAGUGGUUUUUCAGUUUUUUUUCUUUUUCUUUUCUUUUUUAUUUGGAAAAUCUGGAAAGUUAGCUGUUCUAAUAGGGGCUAUGCUCUGCAAUCCCCCUUCUCCUUCCGUGGAGUCAAGUCCUUAUCAGAUCAUUGCUGUCUUCUAACACAACGUCUGCUGUUGGCCUGUGCGGGCUCUGUCCUGGUGGGCUGAGGGAGAGCAGGUGGCCUGCGUGCUCCGGGUGGUCUGAUAAGGUUUUCACUGGUCCACUGACUUCAGAGGUAGACUCUGUUUACUACAUACAUCACAAAAUGCUGGUUUUGCUGACUUUUUGUUUUUUUAUAUAUUUAUAAAAAAAGAAAAAGUUGGUAAUUGCAUUGGCAAAUUCCCAGGGUGGUGAUGGAGCUGUGUGCGUGUGUUGUUAGAUCAGUGUCCUUGGGAUUCUGUUGCUCUUGGUGUUCCUGAUACAGGUAAGGAAACAGUCGGUCACCCUGAUGACAAAAUACAGAUAACCUUUCAGUACAUCUGUGUUCAGUUUGUUUUUAUUUCAUUGACAAAAUUAAACCAGCAUUCCCCAUUGUGUAAAUAAAUGAUUUUGCUGAAUAAAGUCAAGUCUUAAAUUCA